AUGGCAGCCAACACGCCCCAGCUCAAGGUUUUGUGUGUGGUGAAAGUUGCGGGCGACGGAAAUUGUUUGUUUCACGCUUUGGCCUUGCACGAGGGCAUCGGCAGCGCCGAGCUAAAGACCGAAGUGCUCGACUACAUGGGCAUCGUUGCUGAAGAAGAGCCAGCCCUGCGCGAAGCCUGGGCGGCGGAGGCAGACUAUUUGCGAAGCCAGGAGCCCGGCCACUGGGGAGGACAGAUGGCAAUCAUUGCCUAUUCCGCCAUGCGGCAAAAGCGGGUCAUCAUCCAUGAGAAGUCUGACGAGGGCAACGUGAAGGUCGAGGAACAUAGCCACACGUCCGUGGCUGGCAAGGACGACGUCGACACAGUGCAUAUCCUCUACAAUGGCGUGAACCAUUACGAUGCUUUGCUGGAAAUUGAAGACCCUGCCGGAUUCUCACCGGCCUGGCCACAGCCACCACCGCCGCAAUAUGUUGCAGCAGAGACGAUCCGAGAAGAAGCUUCCAACAAUGCUAAGGAAGAGUUUCCACCGUUGCGGACAACGAGCAAAGCCGCUCCAGCAUUGAAGAGGUCAAACUUCAGGGCGCCCAAGCCAAAGAAGAACGCUAGCAAACAGAAAGCCAAGAAGGACGAGGCGCCUGCGCCCAAAGCUGCUGCCAUUCCAGAGCACCCGAUGGAGCCAGAAGCUGACCUACUGGAGGACCUCACAGCCUGCCACAUUGCCGCUGCAUCGUUGCAUCCCCAUCGCUUGGUCGAAGACAUGAUCAAGGAGUUGAAAACAACCGCCGUAGCUUCAUGCGACUUGGCUACCCGCCGCAUGCGGGAACACCCCACCGUUCCACCCGGUGCCGCUGUCACGGACAAAGAUACCGGUCACCUUUGGCCACGGGUGUUCUGCGCCUUUGAAGGCUGCAGCUGGGCCGAGCUAGAUGGCGCGGAAAUUGCUUUGCACCGCCACUUGCUGGAACAUCACGCCCAAGAGCUGCAAAGCAUUGCCCAGCACAUGUUGCGCAAUAGCGCAGAAGACGCUUUGUUCAGCGUGUACGCAGCUGCGGUGGCAGAGAAAUGCCGCGCGCAGGCACCCCUGGCUGGCGCUUCUUUUGACCGCAAAGCGUUGAAGUCACUCUCUGACGCCAUGGCCGGGGAACAGGCUCGGGCUCAGAAGACCAAACUCGACACGAAGCCGCAAGCAACUUCACAGAUUAGCUAUUCUGAAACUAGCAGUUUCCGGUACAGGCUUCAAAUGUUAAUCCGGCUUGGUGUCGGGCCUGAGGUCGAAUCCCUGGUUUGUAUGUGCUGUGGUGGGGUCUAUCCAUACGUGAGCGAGGUUGCGGAGAAGGGCGACAUCCAAUGGCGCAAGCCGCUUCAGCACGACCCCUCGACGGACGAUCUCAAAUUCUUCGGGCUUAGCUUCGCCAGCGCGCAAGGUUUAAUUGGGCUAGAGGCUUAUCUUGACCGAUAUGACCUGAUCAGCCAGGGCACUGAUACGGACCACAAGUUGUCAGACCACGAGAACUUUGAAGAUUGGACUCUCAAGUUGGGAAGCGG